CUAUUUAUUAUUAUUAUGAAGUAUUGGAUAUAUGCUUUACUACUUAUAAUAUCAAUCCAAAUAGUACGAUGUGUUGAGGAAGAUGACACAUCAUUAUUCAGACAAGUAGAUGAACGUCGACAUCCCGAGGUUGACGACGAUGAUAUAGAAUUUAAAAGCAUGCAAGACGUCACUGAGGGUGAAGAGUAUGUAGAUGAUGAUAGCAGCUUAAGCGAAAUAAACGCAAAAAUAAACAAUGAAGACAACGAUGAAGAAGAAGAAAAUGAUGAAUUAGACGAAGAAGAAGAAGAAGAUGACGAUGAGGAUGACAGGGACGAACUAGAGAAUGAAGAAGACGAAGAAGAGUUCUUUGUAUUCCAGAAUGCAGAAACAGUCGAGUACUUUGAUAAUUUCCCACGUACUGAGGAUAAGCAGAAAGUAAAUAUAAUAAACGAACAGGAUGACGUUGAAGAAGAACAAGAUAACUCAAAUACCAUUGUUGAUCAUCAGGAUGAUCACACCAAUGACGAUUUAUCCGAAUUGCCGUCAAAGCAAGAAAGACCAGGAACUACAGCAAUACCAUGGCAACGUGUUGAACCUCACUCUUCUAAUGAAUUUUAUCAAGAUACUCCUAUUUAUACUCCUGAGGAGAAAUUAAACCCUGAAAGCAAUCGAAUCUAUGGAAUCAUCGGAUUAUUUAUCCUUUGGGCACUCGUGAUUGUAGCUAGAAAGAAAUUGGGUAACACAGAUUCAGCCUGGAGCUUCAAGAAUUAUAAUGAUAAAGAUUACUGUUUGCCCUUACAUAAUAGGUAUCUCAAAUCCGAGAUGAAAAGUUGUUAAUAUGCUAAUACACACAUACAUUCCUUUGUAAAUAAAACCCCACU